AAACAUUUGAUUUUGGCUUAAGCAUUGGACCUUGUACGUAAGGAGAGAGGCAACCAAAAGGCAAAGCCGACAUCCACCACAUAGUCACUCCAACCCCAAUAACUUACUCUUUUAAACAAGAUAAAACUACUUGAUAACAAAAGUCACAAGAUGUUAACAAAAAAGCAAAUUUAGUAGCCAUUUUAGACUAUUAGUUCCUAAUGAUUGUACAAACAUUUGAUUUUGGCUUAAGCUAAGCAUUGAACCUUGUACGUAUGGAGAGAGGCGACCAAAAGGCAAAGCCGACCUCCACCACGUACUUUGCCUUUAUAUAAAGAUUUAACACACUUUUAAAGUCUUGACAUCAUUCAUUCACACAAACACUUCAAACAAUGACUUGCCUUCUUCUUCUUCUCCUCCUCCUCCUCUUCUCCUCUGCCGACUCUCUGACGUCACCAUCCGACGUGUCAGCUUUAAAAGCUUUCAAAGCCACCGUGAAACCCAACUCAAUCCCACCGUGGUCUUGUCUCGCUAGCUGGGACUUUACUGUCUCCGACCCAUGUGCUUCACCACGUCGAACACAUUUCACUUGCGGCAUCACUUGCUCGUCUGACUCCACACGUGUGACCCAACUCACUCUCGACCCAGCCGGGUACACGGGUCGUCUCACGCCUCUCAUCUCCGGCCUCACAGAGCUUCUCACGCUCGAUCUCGCCGAGAACAACUUCUACGGCCUAAUCCCAUCCUCCAUCUCCUCCCUCACCAGCCUCAAGACCUUGAUCCUCCGAUCCAACUCGUUUUCCGGGUCAUUACCCGACUCAGUAACUCGACUCAACUCACUCGAAUCCAUUGACAUAUCUCACAACUCUCUCACCGGGCCGCUUCCAAAAACAAUGAACUCGCUUUCAAAUCUCCGACAACUCGAUCUUAGCUACAACAAGCUCACCGGAGCCAUCCCAAAGCUUCCGAAAAACCUCAUCGAUUUAGCUUUAAAGGCGAAUACUUUAUCAGGACCCAUCUCAAAAGACUCAUUCACCGAGUCAACUCAGCUCGAAAUCGUCGAAAUCGCUGAGAACUCAUUCACCGGAACACUCGGAGCUUGGUUCUUCCUACUUGAAUCAAUCCAACAAGUCGAUCUAGCGAACAACACUCUCACAGGCAUCGAAGUCCUCCCUCCAAACCUCGCCGGAGAAAACAACCUCGUAGCUGUAGAGCUAGGAUUCAACCAAAUCAGAGGAAACGCUCCGGCGAGUUUCGCGGCGUAUCCAAGACUUUCUUCACUAUCUAUGAGAUACAACGUGCUUCACGGUGUUAUACCGUCGGAAUACGAACGGAGCAAGACAUUAAGACGGCUUUACUUAGACGGGAACUUCUUGACGGGAAAACCUCCGGCGAGAUUUGUGAGAACAGACGCAGAAGUAAUGGGAAGUUUGGGGAAUAAUUGUCUACAGGGAUGUCCAGGGAAAGCUAAGAUGUGUGCUCCAUCGCAGAAACCAUUUUACAUUUGUAAGCAAGCUUAUGGUGGAAAACCAAAGUCUUAGUUUUGUCGGUGUCGGUGACUUUUUGUGUCAGUGAUUUUGUAAAAUAAUGCUUUUAGUCAUGAGUUUACUCUAUAGUCUUGGAGAAAUACUAAUAUCUAUAUUCAUCGAGAUCUUCGUAUGUACACAAAUAAAUUUACAAAAAUUGGAACGGAACUUAUAGUAUUUAUUUUGUUGUAUUGUGUGUUUUUAUAUAUUUAUUGAGAUUUAAAUUAGAUAGUAUACUAAAGUUUGGAAUGGUUAC